AUGCCGCCUUAUUCUCGUAAUCGAAAUUCUCCAGUUUUAGCGGCGACAUAUUAUUUUAACACUCCAAACGAUUCCAAUUUCGAUGACAAACUUGAAAAUAAUUUAAUAUUGAGUAUUGGUGAGACUUGUGUAGCGGCAGACGGUCAGAAAGGCAGCUGUUAUGAUACUUCCGAAUGCGUUAGAAGGAGAGGAACACCAAUUGGUCAAUGCAAGAAUCAGAAUCUGGUUUGUUGUAUAUUCCAGAUCAGUUGUGGAGACGUUAUACGCCAAAGUCCCGUGUAUGUUAGAAAUCCGGGAUAUCCACAAUCGCAUAAUAAAGAAAAAAUAUGUAAAAUUAGAAUUGAGAAAGUAAAUUCAACCAUAUGUCAAUUCAAACUGGAAUAUAUAGAUUUCGAUAUUGCUCGUCCCGUCGAUGGUAACUGUACUAACGACGUGUUAAUAAUAACUGGGCACGACGAAAAUAAUAGAAUACCGCGCAUCUGUGGAUUAAAUAAUGGACAGCACAUUUACGUCGAUGUCAGGGAGUCCGGAGAACUUGGCUUACAUAUUAUGAUGAUAGGAAAUAAUUCUAGAAAAUUUAACAUAUUAAUCACACAAAUAUAUUGUUACGGAGAUGAUUUAGCUCCUUCGCAUUGUCUACAGUAUUACACCGAAAGUCAAGGAGAAAUUAAAAGUUUUAACUACGAAGAGCAUACUGCACCAAUGAGGAUGCAAGGUUAUCCUAAUAACUUGGAUUAUGCCAUAUGUUUGAAAAAAAUGCCCGGUUAUUGUUCGGUCACUUAUCAAUUGUCGACGGGGAGAAACGGUGGUCAUUAUCCGUUUGCGGUGGGAACCGCGGCUUCCUCCGCUCUUUCUUCAUCUCCUGUGACUGCUGAAUGCAAAGACGAUUAUUUAGUCAUAAGGGACACCAGACUGUGUAGUGCAGCAAUGGCUCCUUCUCCUACUAGAACCUUAAGAAAUGUAAAUGCGUCUUCACCCAUACUGCUCACAGAUACUACUUCGGGACCGUUUAUCGUCCGUUUUGUAUCAAACGGAGCUCGCAACGCACGAGGAUUCAGUUUGAAAUAUCAACAACAUCCAUGUAAUAAUCAGAAUAACUAA